GAUGUGGCCGACUACCUAGACUUGCUGCUGCAAUUUCCCUUUAAGAAUAAAUCUAGGUAGGUAGCUAAAGUCCCUUGAACUCACUACCUGCCAACAAAUGCACCACCAACUCUGCCUACCUAGUGCCAACCGUAUCUAAGAAGACGACACAACAUGGCCCCCGUCCCCAUCCAGUCCGUGCUCAUCACCGGGUGCAGUGCCGGCGGCAUCGGCUCCGAGCUGGCCCUCGAGUUCCAGCGCCGCGGCCUACGCGUUUUCGCAACGGCUCGUACGCCCUCCAAGAUGGACCACCUCGCCAGCCUCCCCAACGUGACUCUCCUCCAAAUUGAUGUCACCGACCAGUCGACCAUUGACGCCGCCGCCGCAAAGGUCCGCUCCCUCACCGGCGGCAAGCUCAACUACCUCAUCAACAACUCGGGCGCGCAGCACGUCGCCCCUGUCCUCGAGACUGGCCUCGCCGAGGCCCAGGCCCUCUUUGACGUCAAUUUCUUCGGCGUUCUGCGCGUGACGCAGGCCUUUGCGCCCCUGCUCAUCGCCGCCACCGGCUGCGUCGUCAACCUAUGCUCCAUCUCUGGCCACCUACACACGCCGUGGAUGGGCGUUUACCAAGCCAGCAAGGCGGCCGCCGAGAUGCUGAGCGAGACUAUGAGACUUGAGCUGCGCCCGCUGGGCGUGCGCGUCAUCUCGCUCGUCACAGGCGCCGUCGACACCAACAUCAUGACGGCCGCCUCCAAAGUUGAGUUGUCGAAAGCCUCACCGUACAAGGUGAAGGCCGUAGAGGAGGCCAUGGCGAAACUGACGAGUGGCAAUGACGGCAUUAAGCGCACCCCCGCGGAUGAGUUUGCCAAGAAGGUUGUCGACGAUGUACUUGACGGCGCGAGCGGGAGGCUCUGGAGAGGGCAGAUGGCGGGUAUGAUCAGCGUUAUGACCAAGGUGAUGCCGUCCAGCAUGUUGGAUAAUACACUUAUAGGAAACUCGGGCUUGCAAGCUUUGCCGAAGAAGGUUUAAGGAAUGACAUAAUAUUUCUUUCAUCUCAAAAACACACCACAUGUAUUCACGUCGUUAAGAACUACCUAGAUUGAAUGAAUCCCACUUCACUGUUGGAUCGAUAAAUACAUGAGCAAGCAUUGAAUCCCUCCCUUACCAAAUCCGGUUGUCAAUCAAUCCCAGCCAGCCAAAUCCUACGGCGCCCAUCCGCUCAACCCGACUCGUUGGCGGUCGCUCCUUUCCCAUUCUCCAUCUUGUCAGGCAUACUCUGGGAAUCAGGUCGCAUGUCCGUCAACACCUGCUGGAACGCCGUGAGCCGCGUGUUCUCUUCGCCAAACCAUGCCCAGCGCAGACGCGCCAUCGGCUCCUCAAUCUCAGUCCACGCGUCGCCGA